CACAACGAAGUCGUCUCUAGAAUACGUUCAUUCUAUAUUUCGAGACUACCGGUAUACGUUUUCCUACAAACAGGGCCUCCAGCCAAGGCUUUCUACUAAUCCUGCUGCACCACAGCCCUCACCCCAACCACCCAUCCAUCAUGAUCAUACUGUGCGCAUGCAACACAGACUGGCAGAAUGUUAUGCACUCUCAGUGAGAUAUGAAAAUGGACUAAAAACAAUGGGUUUAUUCGUUCAAAACAAAGUUUCUAGGCCUCUGACUGUGACAGCUCCAGUGGGUGGAGCUACAUUGGGCCCCUCUCUCUACCCGCUCAGCACUGAUGGGACAGGAUCCUGAAUCCUUGACGACCCCUUUUUCCUUCUCCACCCUCCCAGGCUCCACCCUCUUUCUCCUCCUCUCCUCUUUCCUUAGACUCUCCUCCUCCCCCAGUCUCUUCUCUCAGCGCUGGGAUCAUUACUCAACCCCACUGAAGAAUGGGCCACAGUAGCUGGCAAGGAUGAACUGGGUCUGCCUGCCAAUGCAGAAAGGGAGAUAAGAGGGAGAAAGAGAGCGAAAGAAAAGAGCGAGAGAAAGUUCAAAACCUGUGAGUGAAAGCAGAGAGGAACAUAUUAAAAAUGCCCAUGAGGGAUAACGUCGACAACUGCACUUUAGUAUGAGCUAGAAAGCCUCAGCAAACCUGCCCACCUGGAUGUGUGGCUCUGUACACGCACGCGCGUCUGUCUCAGUCACAGCAGAAGACUGCUCCUACCCUGCCCUACACUGUGGGGUGGUGUUUUCAGCGUUAUUCCCUGCCUACCAUACCUGUGCGAGUAGUGGUGGAGAGGAAAUUCAGCCACUCUUAGGACAGUGGAAGCUGACAAAAAUGCUUCUAUGUUAAAACCAGUAGCCCGUAACCUUUUAUCAGGGUUUUAGUAGUGAACAGGUCACCACCACCAUGCCGGCUAAAGGGAAGUACCUGUUAAAUGACCAGGAGCUGAAACAUGAGGCCCUGUACAGGAAGUUCUCCUGUAUCAGCCAGUACCAGCCUCUGGUGCUGCUACUGGGCCUCUCCAUGCUGUCCUGCGGAGUCCUCAUCAUCCUCUUCUUCGCCCUGCACCUGAGUGCGGAGGAGCACUGUGCAUUUGUCAGCGUGGUGAGCUGCAGCCUGUGUGUGUUCCUGGCUGUGUUUGUGCUGGUGUGUACAGAGACCCUGACCCAGCGCUGGAGGAGACUGCUGGGUCUGGUGGUCUGGGCCACUCACCUUGCCAUGGGAUUCACCUUCAUCUUCAGCGGACCCCUCAUCCUGCCCUGGGACCAGGUUCCCUUCUUCCUGUUCAUCAUCUUCACAGUGUACACCAUGCUGCCUUUCCAGAUGUGCUAUGCUGUGGUGCUCAGUGUGAUCUCCUCACUCUCUCACAUCAUGGUCCUCACUCUACGUCUCACUGUCUUCAACACCCAAGAUCCCAGCCCCUUUCUGGCCAAUCAGCUGCUGUCCAAUGCGGUGGUGUUUCUGUGUGGCAGUGUGGUGGGGGCCUUCCAUAAGGUCCUGAUGGAGAGAGCACUAAGACAGACCUUCCAGGAUACACUCAGAUGUCUGGGCAUCCGCAUGAAGCUGGAGAUAGAAAAGAGACAACAGGAGAACCUGCUGCAGUCUGUGCUGCCGGUCUACAUCUCCAUGAAGAUGAAGCUGGCCAUCAUGGAGCGUCUGCAAGACUGCAAGGACAAAGAAGAGCAGCAACGACUCGUCAAAGACAACAACUUCCACAGUCUCUACGUCAAGAGACACGAGAACGUCAGUAUUCUGUAUGCUGACAUUGUGGGCUUCACCCGAUUGGCCAGCGACUGCUCUCCGAAGGAGCUGGUCAUCAUGCUCAACGAGCUGUUUGGGAAGUUUGACCAGAUUGCAAAGGAGAACGAGUGCAUGAGAAUCAAGAUUUUGGGAGACUGCUACUACUGUGUGUCUGGCCUGCCUGUCUCCCUGCCCAUGCAUGCCAAGAACUGUGUGAAGAUGGGUCUGGACAUGUGUGAGGCCAUCAAACGAGUGCGCGAGGCCACAGGUGUGGACAUCAACAUGAGAGUGGGCGUUCACUCCGGCAACGUGCUCUGCGGUGUGAUUGGCCUCCGCAAGUGGCAGUUUGAUGUUUGGUCACAUGAUGUCACCCUGGCCAAUUAUAUGGAGUCUGGAGGCUUACCUGGGCGUGUCCACAUCACUGAGGCCACCCUGAAGCACCUGAACAAGGCCUAUGAGGUGGAGGAGGGGAACGGUGGGCUAAGAGAUGCCUACCUGAAGGAGCUCAACAUACAGACAUACCUUGUCAUCGAUCCUCGGUCUAAGAACCAGGCUCUGAACAGCCACAGCAUGCCCAAGCUGCGUGUGAAUGAUGGGCUGAAGAUGCGGGCGUCAGUGAGAAUGACCCGUUACCUGGAGUCCUGGGGGGCCGUCAAACCCUUCGCCCACCUACAGAGCAGAGAGGGGUACACCACAGACACCAUGGUCAAUGGAAAAUCACGCUGCAAGGACAUCCCUCUGCGCACAACUCACUCGAAGAUCACUGAGAGGAACAAGUCCCAGAAGAGCAAGUUUGAUGAGGAGCUGCACAAUGAGAUGACCACCACCAUUGAUGAGCUCAGCAGCAAGCAGUGGGUGUCUGAGGAGAUUAGCAGUCUGGCUGUGUGGUUCCCUAAGAAAGAGCUGGAGAAACAGUACCGAGCCAUUGAUCUGCCCAUGUUCAAGCACUACAUCGGCUGUGCCACCUUCAUCUUCUUCUGCAUCUUUGUGGUUCAGAUGUUUGUGACAAAAGAUUCCAAAAUGUUGGGAAUGUCGUUUGGAGUGCUGGCCUGUGUCCUCCUGUUGACCCUGGGCAUCUGUUUCGCAGGUCACCUGCAGCGCUUGUUUCCGGAGAAGUUGUCAUCCUGCCAGUGGCUGCCUGCUGUGUCCGAUGCAGUGGUCAAGAGGCCAUGUGUGCGCCUCCCUCUGGUCACUAUCACCACUGCGGUCAUCAUCAUCCUAGCAGUCUUCAACCUGUGCUUCAUCCAGACAAAGUCACCGUGUGAUAUCAAUGGGAACCCUGAUCUGAUUCCAUCUAACAACUCCAGUGAGCAGCAUCCAGGCAGCCUGUUCUACCUGCCGUACUCUGUGUUCAGCUGUAUCCUGGCUCUCAUAGCUUGUGGAGUGUUCCUGAGGGUGAGCUUUGAGCUUAAAGUGGUCUUCCUCACCCUGGCCUCCACAGCCUACUACAUCAUCAUCCUCAGCGCCAGGGCUGGUCUCUUCAGCUGCUAUGGACAAAUGCUUUACAACCAACUCAAUGAAAACAGAACUGAGGACUCUGGGACCAUCCUGAGAGCGUUGGGGCUGGUCAAACACCCUGAGGUGAUGAGCUGCAUAUACAUCACCUUGUUCCUGGUCACCAUGCUCAUCAUCUCACAACAGAAUGAGUCAUGCUUCCGCCAGGACUUCCUUCUGAAGAACAAGAACCGUACGGAGCAGGAUGAGAUCGAGACCAGGGAGAACCUGAACCGCCUGCUCCUGGAGAACGUGCUGCCGGCCCAUGUGGCUGCGCUGUUUGUUGGGGAGAAUAAAAAGAACGAGGACCUGUACUACAAGUCAUAUGACUGUGUGUGCGUGAUGUUCGCCUCAGUACCGGACUUCAAAGAGUUCUACACGGAGUGUGACAUCAACAAGGAAGGUCUGGAGUGUCUGAGGCUCCUCAACGAGAUCAUAGCAGACUUUGAUGAGCUGCUGUCCAAGCCCAAGUUCAGUGGAGUUGAGAAGAUCAAGACCAUCGGAAGCACUUAUAUGGCAGCCGCAGGGCUGAGUGGCACCCCAGGACAGGAGAAUAACCAGGACCGAGAUAGGCAGCAGGCACAGAUGGGGAACAUGGUAGAAUUUGCCAUUGCCCUCAUUGGCAAGCUGGAUGGCAUCAACAGACACUCCUUCAACAGUUUUAGACUGCGUGUGGGCAUUAACCAUGGGCCUGUUAUUGCUGGGGUGAUUGGAGCCAGAAAACCUCAGUAUGACAUCUGGGGCAACACCGUCAACGUGGCCAGUAGGAUGGAGAGCACUGGAGAGCUGGGCAAGAUUCAGGUCACAGAGGAGACGUCGGACGUGCUCCAGAAGCUGGGCUACUCCUGCGAAUGCCGAGGCCUCAUCAACGUCAAGGGAAAAGGCGAGCUGACAACCUUCUUUGUGUGUACGGACAUGAGCAAGCAGCAGGGAAUGGGCCUGAGCUGAGGUCUACGGUGAGCACACUACUGUGUGUGGACUCUGGGCCCGGUAGCACAUACGUGUGCUGGGUCGGUUACAGGACAGUCUAGCAUUCAGCACAGACUAAUUACAUGAACACACAUAAGUUAACAUGCUUAGACUAAACCCACCGGAGCACACAAAUAAUCCAUCCCAGUGCUUCAGUCAGCGAUGAUCCUGACCGGACCAGAACAAGACUUGAAGACAUGACCUUGUGGUCCUAGAGGUUGGAUUAUUCGUGUUUCCAGGAAUCCCUUUGGGAGAUUCCUCAUUGGAAAUAAAUGCUUAGUGCUGCUGAUUUAUUUUUGUUGAGAUCCAGUUCUAAUGUAUGCAUUCAAUUAGACUGACAUGGAGGUUACGUCAAGCACUGGUCGUCGUCAUACUGGAUUCUAUCACCUAAUACUCCUAGAACCUUGCUGAAAUCAUGAGAUGCACCAAAAACAUCUUCAGGCUGCUCAAAACUGAGCUGUUUAUCAAGCAAAUGGUGACACAAACAAUGGAGUGAGUGCUGCUGCAUGUGGAGUGACGGUGUACAGUACAUACUCGCUGCCAUGGUUUUAUAGACCGUGAAAAAGGUAGACUAAGCAAAAUUACAUUGUCAUGAGCUGCAAGACUUGUGCACGGGUUCCCAUCACGCUGUUACAGCGUGGUAGCAACAGAACCAAAACAGCGGAGAAGUUUAAACUUGCGCUUUAACGCGCGGUUGUGGAAAUUGACCCACUAUGCUGUUUACUUUGGGCAUCUACGUCAUAUCGCUGAGUCUACCUUUAACAGUUUUAGCGAACAGUCACCCUCUAAUAAUUUCUUAUUUUUGUUUGUACGACCAUGGGACUAAAUGUAAAUAUCGAAGCCAAAUAUCCUGCCUGCUGAGACCGAUGGACAGUUUAUAUGGUAUGUCUUUCAAAAAUAAAUGAAAUAAGUGCUAUAUGCACAGUAAAACA